UAUUCAGAUAUGAAUAUAUGAUUUGAUGAAAUCAUAAUUAAAAAAGAAUAAAAUAAAAAUCUAAUAACGAAUAACGAACAACGUAAAGAAAACAUGCUUCCUUCAUCGCUUUCCUAUCUUCAAACGCUCCCGCCAAUUCCUCAUCCGGAGCAAGUUAGCAAAGCCGGCAUACGGCGCCGAACGCUGCGCAUUGCUUGUGCCGGAAGAGGCAGCAAAGCUGCGAGGCCAGCCACUGACGACUACCAUUCCACUCUCAGAGCUCUCAACUCCAAAGGCAGGUUCCCCAGAAAAUCUCUUGGCCAGCAUUAUAUGUUGAACUUCGAGAUCAACGAUCAUCUUGCUGCUGCAGCCGGUGUUGGAGAAGGUGAUGUUGUGCUAGAAAUUGGACCAGGAACCGGUUCCUUGACCAAUGUUCUGCUAAAUUCUGGUGCAUUCGUUCUUGCAGUUGAGAAGGACAAACACAUGGCCACCCUUGUGAGCGAAAGAUUUUCGAGCACAGGAAAGCUGAAGGUUUUGACUGAGGAUAUUGUCAAAUGUCAUGUGCGCUCCCAUGUGUCAUCUUUGUUUGAAAGUAUAACAGAAAUGGAUCCUGAAACUAAAAAAGCAAAAGUGGUUGCCAACAUUCCUUUUAAUAUCAGUACAGAUGUGAUCAAACUGCUACUUCCAAUGGGUGACAUUUUCUCAGAAGUGGUUCUAUUGCUUCAGGAGGAGACUGCCUUGCGGUUGGUAGAAUCAUCACUCAGGACCUCCGAGUAUCGUCCCAUCAAUAUAUUUGUUAACUUCUACUCAGAUCCUGAGUACAAAUUUAAGGUCCCAAGGACAAAUUUUUUUCCUCAGCCUAAUGUAGAUGCAGCUGUUGUCUCAUUCAAGCUGAAGCAGCCGAAAGACUACCCAGAAGUUUCUUCCCGGAAAAGCUUCUUCUCAAUGGUCAAUUCAGCUUUCAAUGAGAAGCGUAAGAUGUUGCGCAAGUCACUUCAGCACAUAUGCACAUCCAGUGAAAUUGAAGAAGCCUUAAGAAGCAUUAGUCUCCUACCCCCCCCUCUCUCUUCUUUUCCCCUCUUUCAUAUUUCAAGACCAGAAGAACUAACAUUGGAUGAUUUUGUAAAGUUGCAUAACUUGAUUGUCAAAGAGUAGCAAUCUGCAUUGAUGCUGAAGUUUUGAAGAGCAAUUCAUAUAGGAACAAGGUUCAGGUUUGCCCAUUUAUAAGGCUCCUUGUGGCCGCAAGUAUAUGAUCCAAGAAAAGAACCAAACUUUGAUGAAGAGCUAUGGCAUUUCAGCUUGAGGAUACAUUAUAUUAUCAGAAGUCUUCUACUAAUAUUUCAGGGCACGUUCUUAAUUGCAGAUUCAAACCCCAAUGUCCAAUCAGAAAUAUAAUUAGAACUGUAUUCCCUUGUGUAAUGUAUGGUUUUUAUAAGUUGGACUGCUAUGAAAAACAAUGUAGUUCGACCGAAUCACACCAGAA